AUGUCUGGUCGUGGUAAAGGAGGCAAGUCUAAGUCUGGUGGUAAAGUGAAGUCAAAGUCCUCAAGAGCUGGACUGCAGUUUCCUGUUGGUCGAAUCUAUCGUAUGCUUCGUCGCGGUAAUUAUGCUGAGCGUGUUGGCGCUGGUGCGCCAGUAUAUUUGGCUGCAGUGUUGGAGUAUUUGGCUGCCGAGGUCUUGGAGCUGGCUGGCAAUGCAGCCCGAGACAACAAGAAGACCAGGAUAAAUCCUCGCCAUUUGCAGUUGGCAGUUCGAAAUGAUGAGGAACUGAAUAAGUUGUUGCAGGGUGUUACUAUCUCGCAGGGUGGAGUUCUGCCAAAUAUUCAGGCUGUUCUGUUGCCGAAGAAAACUGCAGAAAAGGCGUAA